CGGUCACAGAGGGAGACGGCGGCCGCUUGGCGACGACACGAGGCAUUGAGCGGCGGGAGGGAGGGAGCCCAGGGGGGGCCCCGACAGGCUACUACGGGCCCGUGCUGCUGGUGGCCCGUCGGGGGAACGAAUGGGAGCGGCGGCAUCAUGGCGCAGCCGGGCUGUGUGAGAGGCCGCGUCUCGGCUGAGAGGCUGCGCUCCUGGUGGGAGGUACCGGCCAUCGCUCACUUCUGCUCCUUGUUCCGCGCUGCCUUUGCGCUGCCGGACUUCGAGAUCGAGGAGCUGGAAGAUGCUUUGCUGGUCGAUAACUGGGAUUUUUUGGAGGAUUUAGUUUCUAAACUUCUUCGUGGAUGUUACCAACGCAAAGAUAUAAGCAUAGAGAAUUUCCAUAUGUAUCUUGAAGACAUCAUGCGACAUCGAUGGGAACUCGAAGAGGGGAAGGAAAACCCACUGCAGGGAAUACACUUUAGGGCUCUUUCUUCCAGGGUAAUUGUAGAAAUUUUGCACAGACUAUGUGAUUACCGUUUGGAUGCCACAGAUGUAUUUGACCUUCUAAAGGGUCUCGAAGCAGAUAGCUUAAGAGUAGAAGCACUCGGAGAGGACAACACUGGGGCUAGAUACUGGUAUUUCUAUGGCACCAGGCUGUACAAAGAGAUGCCUCCACCCGUGCCGCCAAAGGAGGACCUAAAAUAUAAACUAUCAAAGAAUGAUAACAGAAAAGGAAAGAAACUUAAAGAGGAACAAAAAAUGAAAAAUUCCAAGAUAUUACAUAAAAAUACUACAAAAACUGAAAAUGAGAAGCUAAAGAAAAAGUGGAAACUUCGUUACAGUUUAUCAAAAUCAAGGUUUGAGAGAGGAGAAAAGGGAAGUGGACUGCUUGGUGGAACUUCUGAUGAAGAGGCUAAUGUGCAGAAGGAAAAUGAUGCAAUCGGGUGUAAUGUUUCUUCAGUACUGCAUAUAGAUGAAAAGAGCACAUGGAGUCUUGUAUGUCACACUUUAGAAGAAUGGAAACAUCUGGCUGAGUCCUUUGGAGAGAGUCAGUGUGCAAAGGAAAAGAAGCUGUAUAAAAUUUUGACUGAGAACUUCAUCCCUGAGAUCAGCAAUCUACUUGUACAGAAGGAGAAACAACUGCAGAAGAAAUUUGCUGAAAUGCUUCCUCGUAGGGCUUCAGAUCGUCUCCUUGUGAAACGUACCCAGCAGGAGGAAUUGGUUUCUUCCCUACUGAAGGAAAGACAAGCUGUGUAUGGUAGACUGGGGGAUAACAGAUUGAAAGAUGGGUACUACUAUGCAGCCCAGCGGCUGUUUACACCACAGGAAAUUAAGCAAAUUGAGGAAGAAGGAAGAAUUCUUGCACGUGAAGAACGAGCAAAGCGCCGACAGAUGCGAGAAGAGAAGUCGAUGAUGUCCAAUGCCAAGAGUGUGCUGAAGAGAAAGCACAAUGCAUCAUCUCAUUCCCCAGUCAAAUCAGAAGAACCCGAGAAGAAGAGACUUGAAGUGCAUUAUACAGAUGAUGAACAAUAUGUUUCAAUGUAUAAAGUACUGGAUGCUGUAAAAGUUCACAAGGAUUCCUGGCCAUUUAGUGAACCGGUGGAUGAAUCCUAUGCUCCAGAUUACCACAAAAUCAUUGAGGAACCGAUGGAUCUGUCAACGAUUGAGAAAAAACUAAGCGAAAAAAAGUACAAUAAUAAGUGGGCCUUUGUAUCUGACUUUAGGCUCAUGUUUGAGAACUGUGAGCAAUACAAUGGAAAAGGAAAUGAAUAUACCGUGAUGGCCCGAGCUGUGGAAAAGUGCUUCAACAAAGCAAUGAUUAAGUACUUUCCCAAGGACGAAAUGGACAGCGAAGAUGAGUUCUCAGCUAAGAUUACAUGUGGAAAGAAAGACAAACAGAAAAGUAAACCAAACCAUUUAGUGAAGGAUGAAACCAAGCCUCUGACCAAAGCAGCUGAAGAUGGGUUUGGAGCGCCAAAGGUCAAUGGUUUUCUAAACAGUAGUCCAGCCAGUGACAUUCCGCAAGUAAUUGCUGAACCCAAGGAGGAGGGAAAUUCUCAACAACCGAUGCAUGUUACAGUUCAAAAGCAAACCACAGAGGUGAAGCAACAUCCAGUCAGUGGUUCACUCACAAGUUCUGAAGUUGUUACCCAGUCUCAAACUCCUGGUGUAUCAGGGCGGAUUGUUAUGGAACCAAUACGAAAAAGGUUUCAGCAGCAAUACCGGAUGCAGCAACUGAUGUUGAUGAAUGGAGCAGGGAUCUCUGAUACGGCGUGUUCCAGUUCGGCAAGUUUACAGACACACGGCCUUACGUCUAAUGGUUUUGGAACAGUGCCACCUCACACUGAGGUGCCUACCAGCUGUACCGAACCUCAAGCACCAACACAUUCCUCCAUGUGUAGACCAAAUAGGCCUCUGAGUCAGGGGCUUCCGCAGACUGAGGCAGAAAUUCCUGGUUCCCAUUCAACCACUACUAUCCCAUCAGGGCACAGCAGUGGAGGAGCAGCUGAACCAUCAACCGAAUCAAGUAAAGAUUGCCAUGGAACAGUGGAUUUAAAUCAGAUUAAAGAACCAGUAAGGUCUGGAUAUUUGUACAGUUCCAGUCAACACUUUGAACACAAACUACCAAAAGCAAAACCUAUUCCUGUAUCAUCUCAGGGAAUGUCAGUGGAACACACAGGACUUGAUAUGCAGGGCCAUCCAUCGACAUUGAACAAUUCAAUACUCGGAUCUGGCAGUCCUGUCCAAAAAGAAACUCCACCCAGUACUUACGGAAUUUCUGUAAAACUCAGUGAAUCACUGCCAGUUAAAUCUCAGAUGCAGACUUCUGUUUUUAACACUCCUACCUGCAGUCCUCCUGACCAAACUUCUCAAAGACCACCUCUUAAAGGUGCACUGCUAAAACAGACUGCCUACACUACUGUGUUUCCUGCAGAUCAGCAUCAUCACUUGAAGAACAAGGACCUCAUUUCAAAUGAAGUCAUUCCUCGAAAUACCUCGGCAGCAUCUAAUCUACACUGGCAGGACUCUUUCCUGGAGAGCGGUGAAUUGGAGAGACUUGGUGGAAAUGUAGCAUUUAAAAAGGAACAGAAAAGCUGUGGUAACAGUGCAUCUGGGGAGAAAGACUCGGAGAAAAGACGCGUCAACUCUGAUGCACAUAAAGAGUUGGUCAGGACAGAAGCUGAGCUGAAAAAUAAUCUCAUCAGUCAGAAAAUGGAACGGCCCAGUUUGCCUUCAGACAAAUGUGAAGCUGCAUCUCUGCAGAAGUGUUCUACUGUCAGUGAAAAACGCAGCACAAAAGACCCAAAGUCAGUGGAAAAUCUCAAACUAAAGUUACCAAAUAAUGCAAAUGCUCUUAUGGAUUUGUCUAAUGGCAGCGCUGAAGCAGUUGGUGGCAUGCACCAAAGGAACCCAGCUGUUCUCACCCACCCUGAGACCAGGCACCAGUUCGGACCUGUGCCAGCCUACAUGCACUAUCUGGGGUGUAGUCCUGACAGCCUGCCACCAGGCCAUUCAUUUGGACAGCAUGCUUCCCCUUUUAUGUUGGUUCACCCAAUGCAAGGUCAACCCUCCCACUUUUACCAGCAUCCCACACCUCAGCAAAUUGCCACCCAGCUAAGUAGUCUUAACUACCGCCCUCAGCAGUCAGUUCACUCCAGUGUAAUACCUGAGAGAGGUUACCUUUCAGGGCAGUCUCCUUUAUACGGCCAGUCCCCGCUCAUUUUCUUACGAGAAGGCAGCAAGCAAUCGCAUGCCCAUCGGAAGGACAGAAUUGAUAGAUUUUCCAACCAGCUAAUUCCUGAAAGAAAUGAGACCAAACCUUUGCAAGAAGCUUCAGUAAAGAAGCUAAAAACUGAGGCUGAUGAGAGGAGAGUUCCAACAUCCAAAAUGGAAGACAAUAGUGCAAAAGCUAACAAGCAGGGUAGACAGCAAGAGUGUUCAGAUCUCCAUGUCCAAAAUGCAUCUCAAAGGCAGCAAGUUAUUCAUUUGGCUUCUACAGCUUAUAAUAGUCAAAUAACUAGUGGAAUUUAUUCACAUCAAAUUCCACAUCCUGCACUUUAUGCUAAUGCCCCAUCACAUAAUGUACAGAGGCUUCCUUAUGGCCAGGCGUACAAUCCACAACUUCUCCGUGUACAUUCAGUAAUAACUUCAACUUCCAGCCACAUGGUACCCCCUCCAGUGAUGAACCAUGGUCCUGUUGGAAUGCAGUUGUUCAGUCAGUCUGACACAAAGCCCUGUCCCUACCCUGGAACUGUAAUUGUACAGAGACCACAGUUCAAUGCAAGUGGAGAUCUCUACAUGAUGAGAAAUCUGUUGCCCGAAUAUCCAGUGUUGAAACAGAUGGGGAGAAGGGACCCUGAUACACAGCCUCAAGAUAAAACAGUGCCCCCUCUUUGUAUGAACCAGCCCUGAACAACCACCUUGGGCCUGCAAGUGGAAGUGGCUCAGGAAAGCACUGAAAAUACUAUUGUAGUAUUACAGCUGAAAAAUGAAACUGUAGCCAGGGACCAUUUCUGUAGUGGGAGCUUAAACUCAGGUUUAUAUAGUGUGAAUAGAGAAUUUUCAAUAAGAAUUUGAAAUAAAGUUAUGUUUAUUACACUUUUAUUUUGACCCAAAACAGUUUUGUAAACUGCCUUAAAGAGACUGUAAAUUGUAAAUAGAGAUUGCAUCACCUUGCUUGCAAAAUUCAUGAUAUCAUAAGAGAAUGAAACAUAACCAGAAAUUGUAAUUUAUAAAUUGUGUACACUGUUUUGAGUGUGGUUUCCACUUGGGAACACACAAUGAAGAUUCAAGUGUGUUUAAACACACUGUGGCUUUGGCAAGCAGCUGCUAAACUGUGAAUAUUAGAUUUUCCCUGUGUUUACUUUAGUAUAUGGAUUCAGGAAAGGUUUACAAUUAGUGUUGCAUUCACCGUACUUUAUUACCUGUCUGUGAAACUGCAUUUGGAAUGCUUUUUUUUUGUAAAGACCUUUUGAAAAGGUGGCCUUUCUCAAUUUGAUUAGCUAGAACUAUUAAUGGAUUGUAGAGGUAUAUGAAUUCUAUUUUGUUAUUUAUGUAUUAAAUGUUUUAAAAAAUCUUGAGGAGUAAUCACCGCUAAUGUCAAAAACCUGUUUUGUAAACUUUAGUGUAGAGUACUGCUGCCUAUCUCUGUACCUGCAGCAGUGUGUUUAAAUGGCUCUUCUCAGGAAUAAAUUUAUUUGUGUACAACACAGAAAUCCUUCACUCUUUU